AUGCUUAGUCGUGCCGUACUGCCUCUGACGAGGCCGAACGUCCUCACCUCGACCGUUCGAGCUUCAACUAUCUCCGUCGCCCACUCGCGUUGGUAUGCGAAGUCCACCAAGCCCAAGACUCCCUACAAGCUUCCCGAAUCCGUCAAGUCUGCCAAAUCGGAACAGUCGCCCAAGGCUCCCUCUCAGAACGACUACUCCGCGGAGCAGGCCGAAUUCGAUACCAAGGCUGAACCGGCCACCGAAGCCUCUCAGACCGGCUCUACAGCUCCCCAGAAUGAUGCUCCUCAAAAACCCCUGCCCGAUCUCACCCAGGGCAUUCCCUCCACCCUUGCCGCAGAAUUGGAAGCCGCCUCGAAGAACCGCGGACCAAGCAAGCUGAACCUUACAGAGGACCCGUCGCGUGCGGAGGAUUACGAUGAUGGUGGCCGUGACAUUCCCAACUACGAAUCCUCCCUCGAUCGCAAGCGCGCUCGCAUGGCCAACCUGAUGUAUGUCCUGUUCCUGCUGGCAGGUGCUGGUGGUGUGGCCUAUCUGGGCCGCAACUGGGAGACCGAGGAGGAAGAGAAGGCCCACCCCGAUGUGCCAUCGGGUUGGGGCUUCGGACUCAUGUACAACCGUGCCAAGGCCCGCUUGGGCGAUAUCACCAGCUACUACAAGGACCCUGCUUUCCCCAAGCUGCUGCCCGAUGAGGAUCCUAACAUGCGUCAGCCCUACACCCUUGUGCUGAGUCUGGAGGACCUCCUGGUGCACAGCGAGUGGAGCCGUGAGCAUGGAUGGCGAGUGGCCAAGCGUCCUGGUGUCGACUACUUCCUCCGCUAUCUCAACCAGUACUACGAACUUGUCCUCUUCACCAGCGUGCCCAGCAUGAUGGCCGACCAGGUGCUCCGGAAGCUUGACCCCUACCGCAUUAUCCGCUGGCCCUUGUUCCGUGAAGCCACCAAGUACAAGGACGGAGAGUACAUCAAGGAUCUGUCCUACCUCAACCGCGACCUAUCCAAGGUGAUCUUGAUCGACACCAAGGAGGAGCACGCCCGCCUGCAGCCCGAAAAUGCCGUCAUCCUUGAAAAGUGGCUUGGUGACUCCAAGGACAAGACCCUCGUCGGCAUGAUCCCCUUCCUCGAAUACAUCGCUGGUAUGGGCGUCGAGGACGUUCGUCCCGUCAUCAAGUCCUUCGAGGGCACCCAGAUCCCCGUGGAAUUCGCCAAGCGUGAGAAGGCCAUGCGCGAGCGCUUCGAGAAGGAGCUCGCCGAGGAGCAGAAGAAGCGCCCCCGCAGCGGUCUGGGCAGCUUCGCCUCUGCCCUGGGCCUGAAGUCCACCCGCACCCUGGACGGCGAGCAGAGCCCCUCGGAGGGCUUGGCCCAAGGUAAGAUGUUGUGGGACCAGAUCCGUGAGCGUGGCCAGAAGAACUACGAGAUGAUUGAGAAGGAGAUCCGUGAGAACGGCGAGAAGUGGCUGGCCGAGAUGGCCGCGGAGGAGGAGAAGGCCCGCCAGGAGCAGAUGGCCAUGAUGAAGGGCUCUUUCACCGGCAUGUUCGGUGCUGGUCCCAAGCAGCAGUAG